AAUGUGGAGCAGGUCUCCAUUUUGUUUUCAGGAUCACAGCCUGCAGAUCAAAAUGCUGUCGCUUCUUACAACAACGUACAUCCUUUUCGUAGGCAUGGCUUUGGCUGGUUCACCGCUGGACAAACUUGAUGAUGACACGAAGGCUAUGCUGAACAUGCUGCAUGAAACCUGCGUAGGCCAGACAGGAGUACAAGAAAGUCAAAUCGACAAUGCUAGACACGGAGAUUUCGCCGAGGACGACAAUUUCAAGGCAUAUCUGGGAUGUGUCUAUCAGCAAACCGGAGCGCUGGGUGAUGAUGGCGUGGCAGACUAUGACACCAUCAUCGGUAUGUUACCUGACGUCAUCGCCGACCGCGGAGGCAAAAUGAUCAGCAAGUGUCGACACGUCAAAGAGAGCAGCGCUGCAGCCACAGCAUUCGAACUCAACAAGUGCCUCUACAAUGCAGACCCAGAGUUUUUCUUCAUCUUCUAGAGGAAUCUGACCAGUCGACCGAGGACUCCGAGAGCCUGUUCUGAGGUGGCGAUAGAGAGAAACGUUUGGUCGCUGUAGUCAACAAUACAUAUAUAUAUAUAUCAUAUUUAUGAAAUUGUACAAAAUGAAAUCUACUACUCGGUCUAGCUAAUGUUAUUUGCGCACGGUGAGCGAUGGUUCAGCAUUUAGUGGAACAGAGACUUGCCUAGAAGAGGGUAAAUGUGUUCCUUGCAAAAUUGAUAUGUACACUGAUCUUAUAAAAGAUGUAGUAGCACUGAAUAAACUAAGAUACACAUAUCAGUAUAUUA